AUGCGCACCGUCCGCAGCCCUGCGUGUGACUUCUUUGUCCGGAUCCACCUCGCAGCCUUCGCCAGCAGGUGGUCAGCGGUGAGCUGGUACUCGUCGAAGGCGCUGCCGAAUGCUGUGGUUGGUCCAUCUGGCAAACGCCGGGCUUUGCUUGGAGACGAGCUUUUGCUCUCUGACCACUUGGGCAGUGGCAGUGCGAUGGGAGACGGAAAAGCCUCCUCAAGCCGCACAAGUGUUCGUCCGAAAGCUCUCCCGAAAAAGUUUUCAGGGAGUGCAGACCUGGUAUCAACCGAUGGUGAGACUGCAUUUGUCCGUGAGCGCACAGCCGUUGAAGCCGGCCUGCAUCCGGGCAAGGUGGUUGUCCCACCCCAUAUUCAAAGCAAAGACAAACGGCCGGUGCCAUCUCACUUAGCAAGGCGGGUAAGCGACGGCUUCAUUGAAACGGUGAACGCGAUGUCUGCUGCUUAUGCUCCCGAACCUCAGCCAGAUCCCGAUGAUUGGACCGAGUCCGUUUUGCAAGGCCAGCCCACUGAAAUGCAAGAUGUCGGGGAUCUUGAAGCUGGUGAUGCUAAGGCUAAGGAGCUCGUGCGCUUGCGGGUGCAGCCCUGGCAUCGGCACGAGCUUUGCAAGAUGGUUUGCCGACACAUCCGCUUCAGCUGCGUGCAAGAGCUACGCUCACUGCAGCGUCAGAAGAGCCACCAGCUGCCAAUGUGGGAGUUUGAGAGACAACGUGUUGAAUCCUAUGUGGCCUCUGCUCGGAUUGUUUCGCUAGUGGACUACCUUGCCAGACUACAUUUUCAGAUUCAGCGUGGCCAGCAGCGUCAAAAGUACAUACCUGGAGUUGAACUUGACAUCAGCAUCAGCCGUUUGAAGGAGAUAACGCUGGAGGAACGGCGAAGCAUGUCUGCAGCUUUCCAGGCAGAGAUGGGCCGCAAAGUCUCUGAAAACACAUUCGUUCGCCAUUUUCUGGAUGGAGACAUGUCGUGGGCAACUGUUUGCAAGCUGCUCCAAAGGCGAAAGCCGUUUCACUCGUGA